UGAAGUAAUGACAAGAAUUAUGUAAAUAAUGCCUUGCGAAGAUUCGUGAAACCCUCGUGUUCGUCACAAUCAAUGCACGCACAUUGCGAAUAUGAUCACACCGUUUCAUUCAAAUUCACCGACAAAUGAGAAGUAAAUUUUCGUCAGGGAAAAAUGAAAUCCUGGAUUUUCUUCUCUGGCAGCCGGGAUAUCAAUCCGAAUCCGGAAGCCGAUGAUCUCCGCGUCGGGGAGACGAGUGGGGGAGGAGAAGCGCCGGCCACGGAGGAAACGGAGGCCUCUAUCGAGAGAGAAACAGUUGCGGGAACUGCAGAUGGUGAGGCCGAUCCGACGUCAACCCCGACGACGUCUGGUGAGGGGGAGAGGAGAAGGGCGUUGAUGGAGGAGCCACCCACUGAUGACGUAUGCCCUAUUUGCUUCGGGGGUUUUGACGUUCCGUGCCGGGCGCCUUGUGGUCACUGGUACUGCGGAAGCUGUAUUCUGCAGUACUGGAACUUUAAUACUUCAAUGCAGCCAUGCAAGUGUCCUAUGUGCUCGCAGCUCAUAACUAAAUUGAUGCCUCAGGCAUCAUUGCAUCAAAGACGUGAAGUGGAGACUACUAAAGUUUUACAGAAUGUUGGCCGCUAUAACCGCUUAUUUGUCGGUGGCAUUUCUGGAUUUAUGCUGAAAUUUCUUGCUAUUCCAUUGUACAUAAAGAGAAUGUGCUAUGAGAUGCUGAAUCCUGACAGGCCUGGCGUUUAUCUCCAUGAGAUGCGAGUAAUUGCAUUGUUCCUUGGAAUACUCUACUCUUUCGUCCCCUUUGAUUUCCUCCGAAUAGGUCGUAGGAACAUCAUAGAUGUGUUUGAUUACUCUGCCUUCGCUCUCUCAUUCAUCUUGUAUCUGGUUGGCCUGUAUCUCCGUCGAAGGCGUCUAAGAAAUGUUAGAGAGUUAGUUGACAACCAGGCAGGGCACGAUUAAAAGUAUCGCCUGAGAUUAGUCGUGCCUCUGCAUCAGUGUUGAAUGUAUAUGUUACUCUGGUUCACACCACGCAUCGCCUGGUCAACCAAAUUGGCAAGUUGUCAUUUAGAUGUCUGGUGUGUAUAUAACUCUGUAGAAAAUUACAAAGAGCAUCUUUACCAAUUUGGUAUAUUGUUGUUAGGAUCACUUUGUACAAAUGAGUGUCGAUCUGUUGCUAUGGUUGCUAAGGAAAAAUCCGAUCACUGCACAAGUAUUCUCGGAUAUUAGCAAAUCUUUGCUCGUGUAUAGAUGUCAAUAAAUUAUUGUAUGGAAGUAUUUGUUGUACGUUUA